AUGAGUGUUCCUCGGGCGCGAAUACUGGAUUUGAUGAAGGCACAAUGCCAGGUCUUCGCCACGAUAUAUAAUCCUGAAGGUGUUCGCAUGGGCAACAAAGUGCUGCGCCAAAGAUUAAAAGGCCCUGCAGUCGCCGCCUACUACCCGAGAAAGGUGGCCACAAUCAAGGAUGUGAAGCGAGAGUUUGGACCAGUCCUGGCCACCUGGGACGAGGACGAACAAGACCGAUUCGAAUACAUUGAAGAACUGAAACAACGUGGAAAGAGCGCACCGAAAAAGAAGAGUGGUCCUCCUGAUAAACAUGGCAAGAAGCGAUAA